CUGUGGCGGAUUUAGCAUUCAUUAUCGACCAGCAUAUAUAAGCUCGACUACUACCUCGACUCACAUAACCGGCUUCAGAACAGUGUAAAAGAGUUCAGGACUCGUCUCACACGUGUAUCAUCCAGGCACGAGACAGUCACGCUCCUCGGUUUCAUUCCUUGCCGUCCCCUUUCCACAAUAAUGCCCGAAUCCCCCAAUAGCAUCCUGCCAUGGGCAGAGCCGGCCUGGUACUCUGGCCGACCAUCUCCAUACUACAAAGAGAGUCACGUCAGGCUUCGCGAUUAUGUUAAAAAAUGGGUUGCUGAAAAUUUCGCUGAACAUGCAGAAGAAUGGGAACAGUUGGGCAAGAUCCCAGAUGAUGUGUACCAAAAGUGUGCAAGAGAUGGACUACUUGUUCCUAUGGUUGCUGGAAAUCGGAUUCCCAAGGAGUGGGCUCAGUAUCCAAUUGCUGCUGGGCUGAAACCUGAAGAAUGGGACGGUUUUCACGACUUCAUUUUGUGGGAUGAGAUCUUUCGCGGAGCGCCCAGUGUUUCAAAUGCUUUUGUGGGUCUGGUAGUCGGUGCUCCUCCGAUCAGAAUGUUUGCUUCUCCCGCUUUACAAGCCAAAGUGCUUCCGGAAAUUCUCACUGGAGAAAAGCGAAUAUGUCUCGCCAUUACCGAACCAUCUGCAGGCUCAGAUGUAAAAAACAUCGCAACGACAGCUGAGAAGACAGCAGAUGGCAAGUAUUACAUUGUCAACGGGGAGAAAAAGUGGAUAACCAACGGCAUGCCUGCGGACUAUUUCAUGACAGCUGUACGCACAGGCGGUCCCGGACCAACCGGAAUGUCCAUGCUUCUUAUCCCGCGCCUCCCAGGUGUCAAAACCCGCAAGCUUGAAAUCGGCGCGGGAGGGAUGGGCGCAACAACCUAUAUCACGUUUGAGGACGUGAAAGUGCCAGUAGAAUAUCUCGUCGGGAAGGAAGGAAUGGGCUUCAAAUACACAAUGUCUAAUUUCAACCACGAGCGACUUUUCAUCUCGUUUCAGGCAAUAAGCGGAAUCAGGAUUUGUCUCCAGGAUGCGAUGGCUUGGUGUCAGAAGCGGGAAGCGUUUGGGAAGUUGCUGAUUGAGCAGCCGGUUGUGAGGAACAAGUUUGGGCAUAUGGCGAGACAGGUUGAUUCGUUGCAGGCUUGGAUCGAGAGCAUAAUUUAUGAGCUGGAACAUCUAAGUCAUGAAAAAGGAUCCGAACUCCUAGGAGGUGUUACCGGCCUUCUGAAAGUACAGUCAGGCAUCGUGGGGAAAUACGUGGCGGACGAAUGCGUGAAACUCAUGGGAGGGCUUGGGUUGACCAAAACUGGGCAAGGUGCUAGAAUUGAAUCUAUUUCGCGCGGUGCAAAUGUACUCAUUGUACCAGGUGGCUCUGAAGACAUUCUAUUGGAUCUCGGGGUCAGAGAGGCAAUUAAGUUAAGUCGCAAGGCUGAAAAAGCAAAGUUGUAAAAUGUAGUUAGGAAUAACUCCAAGUAUGAAGGGUAAUUACUGACGAGUGUGGUAAUACUGGCUCAAUUUUAUGAAUAAAUCAGGAUCUAGGAUUUACAAGGAAUCAGUGCAAGAUACAUGGAACCAUGAAAUAAAACCUUAGUUAUUACUAAGUAUCAUUGCCUC